AUGCAGCCGCACCAGCGCCACCAAGCAUGGCAGGCGGCAGCGCCGCUCGCCUCCCAGCAGCAGCCGUGGCUGCAGGGCGGCGUGCCGCUUGGGCCAGCCUCCAGGGCCCCAAGCGUGGGCGGCGCGCCGGUUCAGCAGCAGCUGACGGCGCCCACGGCCGGCGCGGGCUCGGCAGCCGCGACUGCUGCGGGCACAGCGGCAGCGACUGCGCCCACGGCGACGCCCGGCGGCACGUCUGGCGCCGCGUCGCUGGCCCUGCGCUACGAGAUCCUGGGCAAGAUUGGGGAGGGCACCUACGGCCUGGUAUACCUGGCGGCAGCGCGUGAUGGCAGCCGCAAGCUCUUCGCCAUCAAGACCUUCAAGACUGGCAGG